UUCCACAUCUUCCACCAAUCAAACUGCAAGGUAACUCCACAUCGACGCUCUGUCUGGUCGCCGCCGCCACUGAAACCCGCCAUGCCGAAAGAGUUCCAGCCGCUGCUGUCGCCGCCGCCUAUAUCCACAGACGAAUGGCGCCAUGUCCUCGUCAUUACGAUCCCGCUCGUGAUGCUCCAAAUUCUAGAGUACUUGCCUCAGCCCAUCCUCAACAUGUAUAUCGGUCACCUGGGUACGCCGUGUCGUCGAGGAGAUUGCGGAAAAACGUCAUGCCAACCUGUAGCUCUGGACGAAAGUGAAAGCCGCGUCGUGUUGGGUGCAAGUGGGCUUUGCUCGCUCUACUUUACCACGACGGCGUAUAGCGUGAUCAUUGGGUUUAGUACGGCCAUGGAUGCAUUGACUGCCCAAGCGCAUGGCAAAGGUCGUGGGGCUGAGCUUGGUGUCGUGUUGCAGACGGCGGCGUUGUGCGCGGGGGCGCUCUGUGUGCCGCUGGCGUUGGUGCUGUACUUUUCGGGGUUCAUUCUGCACGCGUGGGGGCAGCCAGACGAGAUUGCAAUCGCGACCCAAGUCUUGCUGCGGUGGUUCAUGCUCGGGAUUCCCCUUGUGUUUGCGUACGAAUUCUUUAAACGCGUGCUCCAGGGCCAGAACAUUGUGUGGCCCAUCGUGGGUUCCAUUGCAGCAGGCGUCGCUGUCGCGCUGACGCUGGGCUACGUUCUUGUGUUUUACACGGGCCUGGGCUACAUUGGCGGUACGAUGGGCAUGAUGGGGUUCUAUACGGUGACGCCCGUCCUUCUUUUUCAGCUGUUGCACACGAAGAACAUGCACUAUGACUGGGAGGCCGCGCGCGCCAAAGUCCCUGCCUUCUUGUGCUUGAGCUUCAACGGUUGGAUUAUGUUUCUGAGCGAGUUUGCCGGCAUUGCCGGCACGUCGUUCAUGGCCGGGUCGCUGCCAAAUGCUGGCACGGCGCUGAGCGCCAACACAAUCUAUUCGGGGUUUCGAUCGCUCUUUGGCAUGGUUUACCUUGGGAUUGGGUUCACCAGGUACGUGGGGUGCCGUCCUUGUUGCAUUGUGUACAUGGGCGUCGAAUCCAUCGAGAUCUGUCCCUUGUCUUGGACAUCUUGAUAUGCCAACGCGACGCCGUCUUUGAUAUAUGACUGACACGCACGUUGUAGCUCGGUGCGGGUUGGCAACGCCCUCGGGGGCAACCUCCCCGUGCGCGCCGAAUUCGCGGCAUGGCAAACGGUCAAGAUCAGCUUGGUGUGGGCAGGCAUCUCGACCUUGGCCAUGGUUGUCAUCGGUCCACUCUACGCCACACUGUACACACAAGAUCCCGACGUCCUAGCCGACGCGACGACGCUCUUUUACGUGACCGCGCCGUUCCAAGUCAUGAUGGGCAUCUGGGGCGCAGUCCAAGGCACGUUUCGAGGCAGCGGCAAGCCGCAUCAAGGAGCUAUCGCAAACAUCCUCGCGUUUGUCGUUGUCGGGUUUCCACUCGCAUGGAGCUUGUCCAAGAUGUGGGGCAUCGUUGGGCUAUGGCUUGGCGUGUCCGGAGGCUUUUGCCUCUGCGCCAUCUACGGCAUGUACUGGCUGCUGCACGCAGACUGGGACGCGAUCGCGGACGUGACCUCCCAGCAAGUGUAGAAAUGGCUAUCGUCGUUGAAUAAAUUGAAGUACAUGUUUGUGGCAAAA